UUUAAUGAUUAUUUCUGCGGGUUUUAGUGUUUCAGUGAGAGUGUCAUCCCGCGGCCGGGCCUGAUGGAAAAUCCCAGAGACCUGGUGGAGCGUCUGUCCAGGAAGCGCCAUGACUCCUUCGGGAUGCUGGACGGCUUGGAGGAGGACCGGAGCAGCUGCAGCACCGAGUCCAGCGGGGGGAGCGCAGCCUCCAGCCCAGAGGACAGUGACGAGGAGGAGCUUGGAGGAGGAGGAGGAGAAGGAGGAGGGGUGACUCAACUCAACCCCUCCUCCUCUUCCUCCCUGACGCUCAUCAAGACCAACGGACAGGUGUACACCUACCCCGACGGAAAGUCAGGCAUGGCAACCUGUGAGAUGUGUGGUAUGGUGGGCGUCAGAGAUGCUUUCUACAGUAAAACCAAACGUUUCUGCAGUGUAUCCUGCUCCAGAAGUUACUCCUCCAACUCCAAGAAGGCCAGCAUCCUCGCCAGACUGCAGGGGAAGCCUCCCACAAAGAAGGCCAAGGUUCUGCAGAAACAGCCUCUGAUGACAAAACUAGCUGCCUACGCUCAGCACCAAGCCAACCAGCAGAGCAGUGUCAAAAAGAGUGUAUCUGUGGAGGUGUUUGACUGGGGUCGUUACCUUGGAGAUGGAGAUGUGGCAGGAGCACCGGUCAGCUGCUUCAAACAUGUCCCAAUGGGAAAGUCGUGGGGUGACAUCAGUGAAGGCGUCCGGGUCGAAGUCCCAAACACUGACAGCGGUUUGCCAAUGAAAGUUUACUGGAUCGCUGGCAUCAUCAAACUGGCUGGUUUUAAGGCCUUGAUGCGCUACGAGGGUUUUGACAGCGACUCCACCAGAGAUUUCUGGUUGAACUUGUGUGUGCCGGACAUUCACCCGGUCGGCUGGUGUGCUGCUGGAGGAAAACCUCUGGUCCCCCCAAAGACCAUCCUGCAUAGGUGUACCAACUGGAAGACGUUCCUCAUCAAAAGACUAACGGGAUCCAAAACGCUACCGCCAGACUUCCCCUCCAAGGUCCAAGAGAGUAUGCAGGUUCCCUUUAAGAAGCAGAUGAGGGUGGAGGUGGUGGAUAAAACUCACCUGUGUCGGACUCGGGUGGCUUUGGUUGAACAGGUGAUCGGCGGUCGCCUCCGCCUGGUAUACGAGGAGUGUGACGACGGUUCUGAUGACUUCUGGUGUCACAUGUACAGUCCUCUGAUCCACAGCAUCGGCUGGUCUCGAUCCAUCGGACACCGAUUCAAACGAUCCGAUGUGUCAAAGAAGCUCAGCGUGCAGACGGACGCUCCAGGACAGCUGUUCGCCAAGGUGAAGGAGGUGGAUCAGAGCGGUUCCUGGUUUGAAGACGGGAUGAAGCUGGAAGCCAUCGACCCCUUGAACCUGUCUGCCAUCUGCGUGGCCACGGUCAGGAAGGUGCUGGCAGACGGGUAUCUGAUGAUCGGGAUUGACGGUUCGGAGGCGGCCGACGGUUCAGACUGGUUCUGUUAUCACUCCACCUCUCCCUCCAUCUUCCCCGCCGGCUUCUGUGAGAUCAACGACAUCGAGCUGACGCCCCCCAGAGGUUAUACCAAUCUCCCCUUCAGAUGGUUCGAGUAUCUAAAAGAGAGCAAGUCUGUAGCAGCUCCUGUCAGCCUCUUCAACAAGGACGUCCCUAAUCACGGUUUCCGCCCCGGUAUGAAGCUGGAGGCUGUGGACCUCAUGGAGCCCAGGCUAGUUUGCGUCGCCACAGUGACACGCAUCGUCCACCGGUUGCUACGGAUACAUUUUGACGGUUGGGAGGACGAGUACGAUCAGUGGGUGGACUGUGAGUCACCUGACCUGUACCCGGUCGGCUGGUGUCAGCUGACUGGAUAUCAGCUGCAGCCUCCUGCUGUUAACGCAGGCUCCAGAGAACUACAGUCAGCAGCAUCCAAACAGAGGAAAAAGUCUCAGCAGUACAAGGGACAAAAGAAAAAGAGGAAGUUGCCUAUUGCAAAGCGACCUGUCAGUCUCUCCGGCGGCAUGGUAACAGGCAUCCCUAGGAGCCUAUCAGGAGACGAGAACGAGACGCCAUCACCCCCUACUCCUGCCUCAGCAGCCCAGCCCCCCUCUGCCGACCCAGAGAGCAGCCCGAACACUGAGGGGGGAGCAGGUUCACGGAUUAAAGAAGAGAACGUGGAAGGAAGUGAAUUAUCUUCUGAAAGGACUGAAACAGAAACAAACGGAUCUUCUGCAGGAUUCAGGAUCCAGGACCAGUAGGCCUCAUCCUUCCCUCUCUGCCUCUCUCUUUUUCUCCAUCCAUCUGUCUCUUGAGUUAUCAGCUACAAUCCUCAUCAAACUCAUCUACUGUGAUUUUUUUUUAUAGAAAUCUUUUUGGACACACUUUAAACAUGCUACCUGUUGAUAGCCACAUGACUCCGUUUAUUUCGGUCAAACACUCCUUUUUUUUUCCUGUGUGAACGCCACACAUUCGGCUUUUUGUUGUCUGUGCCUGAUGACCGUCCUCCAUUUUUUCACCCUCAGUCUUUGUCUUUGUGCAGAAAGUUGCUCAGCAAAGGUCGUCAACACGUAUUUACGAUAUUUAUAACAGCACUGAAAGCUUGAUAAUGUAGUCUGGGGCAUUGUCUCCAUUUAGCAUCGUAAGGGCUUGUCCUUGGUACAGUUUCUCUAAAUUUUGGGCUUAAGUAACCAUUUAAUAAUGAGCAGUUGGUGGAGCCAAUUCCAGUAUUUUUAUUUGACCCGCUACAUUUUAACUGACAACUUUAAGAUCAAUAGAUUUAUCCCCGCCCCACAAGAUUUUUUCUUCUUUCUUCCUCCUUUUUUCUUUGCCCCAAAUCCCACUCGCCAUCUCCCUUUCUUGGCUUUCUCAACAACAAAAAAUACCCUUUUUACAGUGUUGAUUUCAAAGCCAUGUGAAAGAAAAUGGUUCUAUCGCUGUGUCACUACACACUCUAAAGGUGUGUGUUCAGACCAAAUGCGGGCAGCCUGAUAGCAGACUGAAUGAGUGACGGAUAGACUGCUUUAGGUCGCGUGCUGAGCAGUGCGGGGGAGUUUUUCCUUAGUCGAUGUGAGGGGUCUAAGGGAUGUCAUCUGCUAUAAAGCCCUCUGACGCAAACUGUGAUUUGUGAUAAUGGGCUUUAUUAAUAGAAUUGACUUGACUUGAACUUACAAAUAUUCACCUAUAACAGCUGUGCUAACAGCUGUGCUAACUAAACUGGAGAGGGCAGCUAACGCUAAGGUUAGCGCUUACUUGGUUUAUAGUUAAGCA